CAGCGCGCCUCAUGUUGAGCUGUACACACAUCCAGCGCCGAGUUUCAGGAUCCGAGCGCGUGGUUAGAGACAGAUUUCGGCUCCACAAUUUGGAUUUUGACAGUCUUGGAGGAUUCAAUGCUGAAUGCUCAAGUAUUGGUGUAGUUGAAAUGUUGGCCUGACACCUCCACAUUCGUUACUCCUCAGCAAAUCCCUCCUCCUCCCUUCCGGAUGGCCACAGCAGUGAUGGACAGCAUUGUGAUUCUCGAUGAUGAUGAUGAAGAAGAAGCAGCUUCCUCAUCUACUUCUUGUUCUAAACCAAUGACCUGCCAGUCAACAACGACUCUGAAGAAACAACAGCCACAGCCAACACACAUCACACAGUCUCCGUUUGCCACUGCAAAGAAAGACGCCCAUGUCCUACAAGCGGAAAAUGAGAAACUGUUUGCAGAGUUUGUGGAACAUUGCUCCAAGCACUCACAAGAUCAUCCAGAGGUCAUGACCUAUCUUCAGUCCAGAUACUCCAAGGCACAGCCGACCUUCCUGUCAUCGGUGGAGUUCCGCAACACUCUGGGCCGCUGCCUCACGCGAGCUCAGGCAAACACUGGCAAAACCUUCGUCUACAUUAACGAACUAUGCACAGUUCUUAAACAGCACACAGUCAGGAAGAGAAGCUCCAUUCAAUCCAUCCCUCCCAAAGGAAUAACUGAGGACAAGAGCAAUGGAAAUGAUUUAAAGGAGGAGGAACAGGAUAAAAAAGAGGAGGAACAGCAAGAGGCGGCAGAAUCACAGAAAACUAAAAGGGCUUCCAGGAGACAGAUAGCAUACCUAGAAAACCUAUUGAGGGUAUAUAAUGAGGAGAUCAAGCGGCUUCAAGAGCGAGAGUUGAGCGUUGAAGAACUAGAGAAGGAGGACUCCAGUUAUAUUCAAGAACACAAACUCAAACGCAAAAUGAUGAAGAUUUAUGAAAAACUGUGUGAGCUGAAGGGCUGCAACACACUGACGGGUCGAGUGAUCGAGCAGAAGAUCACCUACACCGGAACACGCUACCCAGAGAUCAACAAAAAGAUCGAGCGCUACAUUAACAGUCAAGAAGUUCUUCAUAAUCCUCCGGAUUACUCUGAUAUCCUGAAGGUGGUGCAGCGCGCCAACAACCGCUACAAUCUCAUGUUCUCCCGCAAACAGAUCACACAAAUCGCUCAAGAAGCCUUCCGAGAGACGGGCAACAAACUGCAGGAGAGACGCCACCUGGACAUGGUCUACAACUUCGGCUCCCACCUCACAGAUUCAUACAAACCUACGUUAGACCCUGCACUAAUUGACCCAGCACUGCAUCGUAAGCUUCGCUCCAACAGAGACAUGGCCAUCAGCAGCCUGGAGAACGUCAUUAACAAAUUUGCAAUUAAACAGGAAGACGUAGAAGUAGAGGAAAUGAGGAAGAAACAAGAGAGAGACAAACAGAAAAAAGAGGAACUUAAUGGACAGCAGAGUGACAGCAAAGAAAAAGAGAGUGAGAAAAAUAAAGAGGAGCAGGAGGAAGAAGAGGAACAGGAGGAAGAUGAAGAGGAGGAGGACAAUUCCUCUGAUCCUGACAUUGAAGAGGAGAUCCAAGCCAGUGAAGCACAAGUUGGGGCUGAUGAUGAAGAAGAGGACAUUGAAGAAGAGCCGACAAACAUCAGUGACAAUGAACAGCAAAUCAAUGAUAACUCCCCCGCAUCAAUCAAAUCAUCUCUCCAGGACACAGAGGAAGAUCAGGGUGAGGGGAUGGGUGAUGAUGACCAGCAGUCUCCGGUCAACAGCACACAUGAGGCGGUGUCUGUGGAAACAACCACAGAUGGCAGACAUGCUAAAGAAAGCCCCCAGUCCCCAGCGAACAUCAGUCAGUCAGAGGCAGUGGGCCUUUUACCCAUAAAAAAAAAAUCCUCUAAUCACUGUUCACAGAAAAGCACCAGGAACUGCACUGAGACUAUUUCCACCAAUAACGAUUCAACCCUCAUGAGAUCUGCCAAUUGUAGUCCACUACCUCCAAGCCCUAUGUUCAUAGAUGAGAUGGGCCAAUAUAAGAAGAGGAAACGUACCUCACGGGAAAAACAAACUACCGUCUACAAUGGGAAUGGCACACAGGACAGUGGCAGUGACUGUGACAUUCCUCUCGAUAUGGGUGUGAGCUGCAGCCCUGAGCGGUUGUAUCUAACCAGGGCGAGGAGUCAGAGGACACCACCGCCUAAGAAAAAUAAGGUGAACGUGGCGACUCAGUGCGACCCAGAGGAAGUGAUCGAACUCUCUGAUUCAGAUUGAUCUCUGCCAUAGUGUACUGAACUGGCAUUUCAGUCUGAAUCCGUUAGCUGUUCCUGCUCCAACAGUGCCUGCCAAUGUGAACAUUUCAACUUUUUUGGACUCAGUCGGCUUUUGACCAACACUUACUGCAAUGCCACUGUUUACUUUUUUUUAUACAAGGAAAAAUUGCAUAAUAUUAUUCAUUCAGGCUCUUUAGAGGUAUUUUUGUAAAUUGUACAUGGGUAUUGCCUCUAAAUACUCUUAUUCCGAGGAUUUAUCAUGUAUAUUUAUGGUUUUAGUUGAGGGUUUUGUAGCGAUCCUCUUUUGUGCCAAGAGUCAAAAGGGCAAGUCGGCUUUCUAUUCUCAAGUCAAUAAAAUUUUCUCAUUUUGUGUAAAGUAUUUGUUUUACAUGUUAAUAAUGGGAGGUGUUGUCUUUGUAUUGUGGAUUGUUAAAGGCCCUCUAAAUGUUUUCCUUUAGCACAUAAAUAUGUGAGCUACUUAAUGUGCUCCAAUUCAAAAACAUUCCUAGAUUACCGUCUUCAUAAUUAACUCGCCCUCAUUUCGUUACUAACCUGUAUGAUGUUAUUUGUUCUGUAAAAACAAAAAAGGGACAUUUUAAAUAAUAUUUGCACAGCUCAUAGUUGUCCAUACAACUCAUGUGAUAAUUCAAGUCUUCUCUAGCCAUAUGUAUUACUUUAAUGUGUAUUAUUUUAAUGUCCAGGUUUCCUUUUUAUUUUUUAGCUUGACAGACUUGGUCACUGUGAAGUGUUGUUUUGUUCAUGCAGGUUUCGAACAAUGUGAGGGUGAGUAAACAAUAGCAGAAUUUUCAUUUUUGGGUGAAUUGUUCCUUUAACUGUUUUAUGGAAAAUAAUCAUCCUCAGGUGACAAAGCACAAGGGUUUAGUGUCCUCAUAUGCUUGACUUUUGAUAUUGAAAUUAUUUCUGUAAACUACUGCAGAUUAUUAAAGUUGUGAUCAACAUUGUCUAAAA